AUGCACAGCUUUGCCUCAUCCACCUUCUCGCUCCCUGCGAGUGCCGAGAAGAAGUUCAAGAAAACCAUCCUACGCCGACUUUCACUCGGAAAGGACAAGACUUCCUCCGACCUCUCGAGGAGCAGCAGCGCUGUAAGCCUCGCAUCGCGCUCCACAGCGACACUCGCCGCGGCGCCCAGUGAGGAGUGCGCAAGUCGAAGAGCCUUCGAUCUCUUCUCCCCAUAUUCGCAGCGUCCUGAUAUCGAUGCGUAUGCCUCUAUACCUUCGUCGCCCAGGAUGCCAAAGACUCCAACCUUUGGUUCUAACUCCAAAGUUUCCUUUGAUGCGCGCACCAUUCGUGACACCAGCUCGAGCGUGAGACCUUCUUCUGCGAUACUGCGGGCUUCCCCGAGACCUUGGAAGGAUGAAAGGAAGGCGCCUCCAGCGCCUAAGCUGUUCCUGAUGUCCAACGAGGUCUUUGUGAUUGCUGCUCCUCCAAAGAAAUCUGCGACGACAGCAGCAGUACCAGUGCCAGUACCAGUGAUCAUGCCGAGGUACAGUGGGAGCUCUUCUUAUAGCGCGGCGAGCUCCUCUCCCAUGCUCUCCUCCGUCUCUUCUCGAUCCUCCGACAGCUGGCUCGACAACCUUGGCAUCUCUGCUUCGUCGGAAGAGGAAAUGCCUGCCUUCCCAGAAAGUGUAUCGGUAGAGUCUCUUGUUGCCGCUGAGUUGGUACGCUCCCGAUCCAGCCUCGACGACAUUGAUUACCAGUUGCUGGCCAACCUUUGCGAAUUUCCAGUGGUUCCGAGCAGGUCACCAGCAAGGAUGACCCGCAGCGAGAGCGGACAUGGCGCUCCCAAGGCGUCAAGAGGUCGUGCGAGAAGUGCUAGCCACCAAAUGACGCCGCCUGUGCCAGCCCAUUUCACUCGUUCGCACGUGAGGAGUGGAUCAGCUCCGCUGUCGUUGGGUCCUCUACCUCCUCAGCCCUCACAGCCUCCCACAGAGGCAGUGCUUCGCCGUACGGACCAGAUCAAGAAGAGUUACAGCAGACAGGGCUCCCCUCUCUACACAAGCUCGCCCAUGUUCGAAGGUGCCGAGUCCGCGAUCUUGUCACCUCGAACAGCACCAGGCACUCCCAAGGUCGAUAGAACUUUGGACCUCAAGUUCCUCGAAGCAGGCUUGUCUCUCGACUCCAAGGUGGCCAAACGCAGCUACAAGCGAUCUGCUUCCAAAUCAGGCAGCAAGUCAUUCGAUUCCCACUUCACUUUGCUCAAGGACCUCAAGCUCACUCCAGGUCAUAUUGCCACACCUAAGGACGAGGAGCCACAAGAACUUGUCUCGCGCUUCUCAGAAAACUCUGAUUCGGGUCGAGAUGAAGCUAGCCGUCUUUUCUCCUCCCUUCUCUCACAUAAGCCUGGCAACGCAUCUGCUUCCAAGCUGCCCCCUCUUUGCACCACUUACACCAUCAGCGACGCAGGCACGAGCGACAACUGUCGAAGAAACAGCGGUAUCAAGACUCCAGAGAUGGUCGCUAGGAGUUCCAGUUCCAGCUCGAGCUCCUACUCUGACCUUCCUGAGAUCGUUUCGAUCAAUGUCGAUGAGAUUGUGUUUGACCUUUCCAGGCCCAGUCUGGAUUACAGGCAGGUGUACGCUAUGGCCCAGGAGUAUGCAAAGUCCUCCGGGUCGGUUGCGAGAGGUGCUAAGGUGGCUAGCAAGAAGAAGCAGCCAGCUGUGCAGAACGGGUUGGACAAGAAGGCUUUCGGUCUGUGGAACAAGUCCAACAGACAAAUGCUUGAUCCUGUUGACAGGAGUUAUCAUUUGCGCAAGUACUAA